CCCCCCCCCCUUCCCCAUCCCCUGCGACAGGGACGGGAAUGGUCCCUUCACGUCUCGACCCAGACACGGCUCUAAGGAUACGUCCCUCGCGAUAGGAAAGAAAUCGAGUGCAACUCACCCCACGGGCGCCGCCACCACGCGAUGCCUCCGCCGCUCAACCGGUUCCCAAGCGGACCCAACACCAUCUCCCCCUACCACCAGCAGUACCCCUCCCACGCUCAGCAUGCGACGAGUCAUCCGCCGCCCCUGGGCGCCACAGCGGCCUAUCUCAACGCUCAGGUCGGCCAGGUGAACCCGUUCUCGGGAAACAGCAACCUAUUAGGCCUGGCGGGGGGGCUCAAUGCCGCCGCCGGCUUCGGCGUCGGCGUCGGCGCGGACUCUGGCCUGGCGAACCACGCCGCGCGCCUGGGCUUCACGCACGUGGGGAGCCUGCAGCAGCAGCAACAACAAUCGCAACAACAGGCCCUCCAGCAACAGCAGCAGCAGCAGCAGCAGCAACAACAACAACAAUCACAGCACAGCCAACAUGCUCCUCCCGUUCAGCACCCACAGCACGCACAGCCGCAAGGUCACGGAUUGGUGGAGCACGCCACGCGAGUUGCGCAGAAAGGGCGGAUAAGAGAGGUGUGGAAACACAAUCUGCACGAGGAGUUUGCGACACUGCGAGACCUGGUCGACAGGUAUCCGUACAUUGCCAUGGACACCGAGUUUCCGGGCGUCGUCGCGAGACCGAUGGGAGGCUUCCGAGGGAAAAGCGACUACCACUACCAAUGCCUACGUACCAACGUGGACCUGUUGAAGGUGAUACAGAUCGGCAUCGCCCUCUUCAACGAGGACGGCGAACAGCCGCCCGCCCGCCCAUCCUCGACCGACUCGGCGGACCUGCGCCGGGCAGGCAGUCAAGCACCGCUACCCUAUGCUUGGCAGUUCAACUUCAAGUUCUCCAUCAAGGAUGACAUGUACAACCAGACAUCUAUCGAGUCACUGCAGCAAGCGGGCAUCGACUUUGCGCUCCUCGAGCGGGACGGCAUUGACCCGCACGAGUUCGCGUCCCUGCUGAUCCCUUCAGGCCUCGUCUGCUUCGACCACGUCCGCUGGAUAAGCUUCCACGGCGGCUACGACUUCGGCUACCUCACCAAGCUCCUCAUCUGCAGCCCGCUGCCCUGCGACGAGGUCGAGUUCGACCAGAAGAUGAAACGCUACUUCCCCUCCACGUAUGACGUUAAGCACCUCAUGAAGCACGCCAUCAAGUUGCACAACAGCGGCAUGCUCACGCCCUCCGACCCGAGCGCGAUCGACGUUAUGCAAAAGUUCGAGCAGAAGUCCGGGCUCGAGCACAUCGCUGAGACGCUCAAGCUCAAGCGCGUCGGGAGCGCCCACCAGGCCGGGUCUGAUAGCCUGCUGACGGGCCGCGUCUUCUUCGAGCUGCGCAAGCGCAUCUUCAACGGCGACAUAUCGGAUGAGCACCUGGGCAAGGUCUGGGGUCUCGGCAUUCCAGACUUCUCCGUCGGCGGCGCCGGCAUCACCGUCGGCAACAACAACAACAACAAUAACAAUAACAGCGGGAACGCCGGGAACCAGGUUGAAAACACUCCGCCGACCAACAAUGGCAACAACCACCAGCAGCAGCAGCAGCAGCAGCAGAACCCUCAGAACCAUCACCAAGUGAACGGCAAUGGCACUCCGAGCACGCCCAAUACAGGCAGUGUCGGGCUAGCUGGCACACCGGGAGGCGCCUCGUCAUCCCAAAAUACCAAUGGGAGUGCCGCUGGCGGUGGAAAUGCAGGCAGCAGCAGCAGCAGCAACAACAACAACAACAACAAUAGCAACAACAACAGCAACAACACCGCCAGCGGAAUGGGGCCCAUGACUCCUGGCGGGGGCGGCGGGGUGUUUGGGGCGUUUGCUUUUGCGGGAAAUUCGCGGUAGAUAGUAGAAGAGGAAAGCGGAGAGAGAAUUAUAGGGGUUAUACGAUGUUGUUCUCUUCUUCUUCUUGUCUCCUUCUUCUUCUUC